UUUAACACAUUUAGAGUUCCUGAACGUCCCAACAAACAUGUGUUUACUGAUACUGAAUGUGAUCCGGAUGUCUGCUCCCUUGAACUAAAGAAACAUGACCGAGUGAGCGCUCUUGGAAGCAAACCAUCUUUGAGGCUUUCUGGACGGUUGUCACUGAUGGGUGCGGAUUUGCAUGAAGGAGCAACACAAAGAGCCUCUUGAACUCUCCAGCCCAGAAAGCAAACCAAGAUGGACCCGUCCGAUCAAAAGCACUUUUCAGCAUUUGACUACGUCGUGUUUGCCCUUCUACUGGCCGCCUCCGUGGGCAUCGGGCUGUACUACGCCCUGUCCGGGGGCCGCCAACGAACCACGCAGGAGUUCUUGAUGGCUGACAGGAGCAUGCGGUGUCUCCCCGUUUCGCUGUCGCUCAUCGCCUCCUUCCAAUCAGCCGUGGCCAUCAUCGGCGUCCCGGCCGAGAUCUACACUCACGGCACCCAGUACUGGUUCAUCGGCUGCGCCUACAUUCUGGGGCUUUUAAUUCCUGCUCGUGUUUUCAUUCCAUUGUUAUACAGGCUGAAUCUCUCCAGCGCUUACCAGUAUCUGGAGCUACGGUUCAGCAAAGUAGUGCGGAUAUGUGGAACAUUAACGUUCAUCUUUCAAAUGGUUAUCUACAUGGGUGUUUGUGUGUACACGCCUGCCUUCGCACUAAACGCAGCUACCGGAUUUCAGCUUUGGGGCACAGUGAUGAUAACCGGACUAGUGUGCACUUUAUACACGACCCUGGGCGGCUUGAAGGCGGUGAUCUGGACAGACGUCUUCCAGACGUUCGUGAUGUUCGCGGGGCAGAUUGCCGUCAUCAUUGUGGGAGUGGAGCGGACCGGAGGAAUGUCGGAGGUCUGGAGGAAAGUGAAUGACGGAAACCGCCUCGCUGGGCUGGACUUGAACCUGGAUCCCACAGAGAGACACACCUUCUGGACUCUGGGGGUCGGCGGGGUUUUCCUCAUGCUGUCCCUGUAUGGAGUCAACCAGGCUCAGGUCCAAAGAUAUCUCAGCGCGCGGACAGAAAGAGAAGCUGUGAGGUCGUGCUACAUGGUGUUUCCUUCCCUUCAGCUGGCUCUGGGUCUUAGCUGCAUCAUGGGCCUCGUCAUGUUUGCACGUUAUUGUGGAGAGGACUUUUCUGAGAAGCUGGGCAGCUCUUCCAGAGAUGCCAUGGUGAUAUACUUCGUGAUGGACAUGCUGCAAGGCCUGCCUGGACUGCCCGGACUGUUUGUCGCUUGUCUUUUUAGCGCGGCGCUCAGCACCAUCUCGUCUGCCUUCAACUCUCUGGCCACUGUGACGAUGGAAGAUCUCAUCAAGCCAUAUUUCCCUUCCAUGUCGGAGGAGAGAGCGACGCUGGUCUCCAAAGCUUUAGCGACGUCCUACGGGCUGCUCUGCCUGGCCAUGGCCUACCUGACUCACCUCAUGGGCGACUCGGUCCUGCUGGUAGCUUUAAAGAUCUUCGGGAUGGUUGGCGGACCCAUUCUCGGCCUGUUUUGCCUUGGCAUGUUCUUCCCGUGGGCCAACUCCAUUGGUGCGGUGGCCGGUCUGGGCGCAGGUCUGGUCGGGGCUCUCUGGGUCGGCAUUGGCAGCAUCGUCAACCGGAGCUCUGGCGCUAAGCGGCUGCCGCCCAGUUGCCACAUCAACACAACCGCCGCCUUUCAGACGGCGAUCGGCAACGUGACGAGCCGGCCCACUUGGCUGCACAGGUUUUACUCUUUGUCCUACAUGUGGUACGCCGGCUUCAGCUGCCUGAUAGUCAUCCUCGUCGGGCUGAUCGUCAGCUUUCUCACAGGCCCAAUGAAAGAAGGGGAGGCGACACCUGGAACAGUCUAUCCGUUGUUAGGAAAGCUGCUUUUUUUUCUGCCUGAACACAUGAAGAAGAAGGUCUGCUGCGUGACUCCUCUGAGACCGGCUAUCCCAUCCCCACAAGGGCCAUGUUCGCACAAAAAAAGCAAUGGAACCGCCAGUGGGCAACACACACCAUCGCAGCAGCAGAGAGAGCGUUUGCUGCCUGACGCCGACUCCCGUGUUAUCGAGUACGAAACAGCGGUGUGAUGUCGAAGUCGUCCACGCACGAGGACGGAAAUCUCUCAGAACGUAAAGCACAUGGAGCGGAGCUCUGCAUUUGCGUUUGUCGUUGUGAUGCCUUUCCUAUGGGGUGAGGGAUUUUUAUCAGGUUUGCACUUUGAACCGCACAAGCAGCAGCAGCAGCAGCUCCAGACUAAUUUUUUUUUGUGAUUGAAUGAUUCGCAGCGGAAAAGGUUUUGUAGAUCUCAACAGUAUGUUUCCGUUCAGGUCAGCUGCAUGAAUGUUUCAAUAGAUUGCCUUUAUACUUGUGAAAGUAUAAAGGCAAUCUUUAUACUUUCACAAGUAUAAAGAUUGCCUUUAUAUUAAUCUGACAACUUGCUUGUCAAAUUAAUGAGCGGACAAGCAUGUUGAUCCUUUUUAGCCAUUUAAAAAAAAAAUUAUUUGAAUAUUUGAGAAACACUAUUACAUCAUACAUCGGAUUUCAGGUUUUAUUUGAAAGCUGACCCGAUUUUUACUCUUUACAAUUUUGUUUUCUAUCAAUUGUAACACAAGCGCCAAAAAAUUGUGCUGGAGUCUCCUUUAUCAAGGUGCUAGCUUUCAAUGCAACAGAAAAGGAGCAACGGUACAAGGUUGUUUCCAUUUAUGCAUUGUUGCAUAUAUGCCUAAUCCUUGACAAAACUAAGUAAAACUAAGCAAAUUGAUGUGUUUAUAGACCAAAAAUGCUCAACUAAUUUUGGAGUAUGUAAUUAAUCAGAGACGAUCCAUGACAAACUGGCUGAUUUAAGUCUUUUUCCGAUUAUUUGUUGCAUCUCUACUACUAAAGCUGUGAGACUUGGUACCCCAUUUACUUCUCGGACUGUGUCCUGGAAUUAAGACUGUAAAACUUCUUUUCUACACAAGAUUAAAGAUUUGUAAUAAAAAGUGUCUAAUCUU